AAACGACAAGUUUACUACAAAACUACAAAGUAGUGGAUUUUCUCGAAAUUUUCGCACUUUUAUUUCUAAAAAUCACGGAAUUCGACMAAGGGAGGGUUCAACUGGAGUUAGAUUGUCAAUCAAGUCUUAAAAACUGAAUUUGAUGCGCUUGGAACUUCACGUUUUGGCUCCAAAUGUUCGAGUGACAUUGAAAUACCGUUAUUAGAAUGCCAUCAACAUGGACAAUCCCGACUGACCCUGGAUUCCAGACUAGAAGACCUAAUAGUGCUCAGAGAUAUGAACCAGCGAUAGAUGGAUCAAGACCAAAGCCUAGAGUAAAACCAGAAGCUUUAUCUAACGCGAUAAAAGGACAAGGAUCGUUGGCAUUGUUGUUCAAUCCUACUUCCAAACCAUACACACUGCUAUCUCGACCUGGUUCUGCUCAGCAAAAAGACUUCAAAAAAGAAAAUGCUUAUCACAUCAAACAAAUCCAGAGAGCAAACAGGAAAAAACAACAAGAAUCAGCGGCAGGAGAACCUGUCAAAGCUGUUUAUAAACCAGACAAAUUUGAUCAUGUUGAAUCCAAAGUUGCACAGGAAUGUAAGGCACCUCCACCAGCCCCAAGGUCCAAUUCUGCAUCAUUUCUAAGAGCCCAUUCAAGGAAUGGCCCUCCUGUCAAAGACAGGCCCUCGUCAGCAGAACCUGUGGUCCCAAAAGAGUGUAAACUUACUAUUCCAAAGGCAUCUAAUGCCAGAGAGGGAUCACCUCCCAAGAAAAACCGAAAUCAUAUCGCUGAAAACAUUCGACGGACAGCAUCGUCACCUGGUCCUAAGAGAGCACCAUCAGCAUUGGCUAUGGAAGAAUUGAAACUGAAAAAGAAAGACGAGCAAGAGAAAUAUAAACGGGGGUCUGUCCCUAAAUAUCUUAAACAGAGGCAGAAGCAAUGGAAAAAAGAAGAAGAGAUACGAAUAGCUAACACUCCUGACCCAACCGUUCCAGCCGGUCAUGUACUGAUGCCRAGGGACGAACGCCUCCAAACAUUAGACGCAUUACAGAAAAAUCAAGAUGAGCUUCUCGUCGAACUUCGCUCUCUUCCCGUAAGAGCCGACACGCUCCGAGUACGGACAAGAAAAGCCGAACUUGAACGAAAACUCUCCGAAAUCGAAAGCGCGAUCAAAAUAUUCUCUCGGCCGAAAGUGUUCGUGAAAGUCGACGAAUGAGUGUUUUAUUUUAUUGUAAAUAUAGUUUUAGGCAUUUUAGAUAAACUGAAAAAGCAGUUCAUUCGUAGUUAUAAAUAAACACAUCUGCAUUGAACAGUUGGUUCUUAUGAACUGAGGCCRAGAAACAUGAAAUAAAUAGUCAUCCAAUACGA